AUGGCUUCUCAACAGGUCUCCAAAAUCUUCGUUAUUGGCGGCACUGGUGCUCAGGGCAUUCCCGUCAUCCGCGGCCUUGUUAAAGACAAGAAAUACUCAUGCCGUGUUCUCACUCGCGACACAACAUCCAAGCGUGCCCAAGAGCUCCUCUCACUCGGCAAUGUUGAGCUCAUGGAAGGCACGUUCGGUGACGAAUCGAAGCUCCAGCAAGGUUUCAGCGGUUGCGACGGUGCUUUCGUCAACAUUGAUGGAUUCAACACCGGUGAGAAGACGGAAAUGUACUGGGCUAUCCGCUCCUAUGAAAUUGCACUCGAGCAAGGGAUCAAGUUCUUUGUUUAUGGAAACUUAGAUUAUGCCUUGAAGAAGGGCGGAUACGACUCGAAGUUCCGGACAGGACAUUAUGAUGGCAAAGGGCGGAUCGGAGAAUGGAUUCUGUUCCAAAACCAGAAGAACAAGGAGCGCAUGGGAGCCGCGCUCUUUACAACUGGGCCAUACAUUGAAAUGACAAUUUCGAGUAUGACGGUCAUGACGCCAACGGUUGAGGACGGUGUCGUCACCUGGCGUGUGCCGUUGGGAAAGGGGUCAGUCGUGCAUGUUGCACUUGAUGACUGCGAGUACUAUGUUCGUUGGCUGUUCGAUCAUCCAGAGCGUGCGAGUGGUUUGGAUCUCGAAGUUGCAAUUGCGCCAAUCCCGUACGUUGAGCUUGCUGCCGCUUUCGAGAAAGUUACAGGCCAUCCUGCUCAAUACAUCGAUACGAGUCUUGAGGACUAUUGGAAGAUCAUGUUCAGAGAUCGUGCUGGCGAUAUACCAGCUGGGUACAAUGCUGACCCCAAGGACAAGAGCACAAUGAGUUUCAAAGAUAACUUUACUGGAUUUUGGAAUACAUGGAAAAAUGAUGUGAUUAAGAGGGAUUAUGCGUUGCUGGAUGAAAUUCAUCCGGACAGGAUCAAGAGUGCAGAGGAGUUUCUCAGGAAAGAGGAUCAGAAAGGGAGAGAAGCUGGGAAAGGAAGUCUCUGGGACAGGGUGCAGAAGGAAAAUCAGACGGCGAUCUUGAAGAUUGGUGAGGAUGGAAGGAAGGGGAAACUUUAAGCGAGGAACCGAAUGCAUGGCAGGGUGGAAG